AUGUCGCGUACUGAGAAAAUGGAUGCACUCGACUCGGCGUUAAGAAGUAGAAGGGCCAAAGAAGGUCCUGGUAAGGUGAAUGAAAUCGUCAUUUCAUGCUCAGAAAGCUCAUUAGCUGAUAGUGGUCAUCUCCCACGAUACAACGUACUUGGAUCACCUUUCACUCCUACUCGUCCAAAGAAAUUGGCUACUCCAUCCGCUCGACCUGCACGAGGAUCAUCGAAGGUUACACCUGGUGAUAGUGGCACCAGAACCACCCAAAGAGCAAGAGAACUAUAUAGCUCUAGGACUUCUGGAGGCAGAGGGAGGUCUGAUUCAAAGGCUAAGGGGACUGCUAGAGAGGACAUCUCGUUCGAUCCGGCAGAAUCAUUAUUGAAAGUCUUAUCUGGUGAUCACUCGCAUGGACUGCAGCAAGAGCAAGUCUACCAGCUUUUGGCCGGUUUUAAUGCUACGACGAACGCUAGAUUGGCACAUGUUGCGUUGAAUCGAAGUUUUCUGUCUCUGUCGGAUGCAGCUUUAUCUCAUCAAGCGCGACUUGAGAAUGCCACUAUUGGUGGAGAUCAAGAGGCAGCUAGAAUCCAUCGACAAGCAAUGGAGAUGAUAUGCGGAAGGAUGGAAAGAACGAAAGCUGAGAUAGCGAUAUCGGGAGAUGUGUUAGAACGAGUCGAUGCAAGGAUAGAAAGGCUGUUGGAACAAAGGAUUUCUCAGUAA